UCAUUCGUUUAACUCCAGACACAUCAACCCUUUCUCUCUCUUUUGCUCUUUCUUUUUUUUCCCCUCGAGGAUAUCCUUGUUGAGACUCAUGGCUUUCGCGCCCCCCACCACCCCGGCACACCAUCAGAACCCGCACCUCCACCACGCACACCAGAACCCGCAUCACGGCAUCUACGCCUCUGGUGGUGCCUCGUCAAAUACUUCCUUCAGUACCCCUCCUUCGCAGAAUAUGUCGGGAGCGGGUGUGGCUCAACAGCUGGACAAGAGUGGAUCGCUGCUGGGGAGGAAGAGAGCAUUGGAUGGUGGGAGUAUCGAGGACACGGAAGGAGCCGCUUAUAGACCUGUGGCGUUCAGGACUGAAGGUUUGUUCAAGUUUUCGGGUGAUUUUUUCAAUUCUUCUCCUUGACAUUUUUUUCCCCCCCGUGGGUUUGGUGGUUUCUUUUUCACUGGUUGGAUCUCUUCUACUUUACUUUAGUGCUUUUGGGUUCUUUGGCUGCUGCUGGUUGGGGCUGGUAGAUCGAGAGAGCUAAGGUCACGGAACUAACCGCCGCAAUAUGUUAGGUGCCCGACUUGCUUGCCUGGUGAACGCUUCAGUCACGGUCUGCGGAGAAGAUGCUAUUUAUGCUUUUGGCGGGUUCGAUCAGUAUACCGAUGAAGGUGUGUAUAUUUUCGGUUGUGUUGUGGUCCUUUUUUAUUUUAAGGUUGCAGAUGCGGUGCAGGUCUUUGUUUACUUGGUUGCUGGGAUGUCUUGUCAUCGCUCGCGCAACUGCUUUUUGUAUUAUUGUAUUGACAAUUGGCCCUUUUAGUAUACAACCAUGUGCUUAGGUUGGACCUACACACUUACACGUGGACUCUGGUUGAUAACUAUGGUGACAUUCCUAGCGUUAGGAUGGGUAUGUUCCUACCUCUUUUUUUGUUUUGUUAUUAUUAUCCCUACUAUUUCUUGGCAUCAGCUACCACUACUACUCCUUCUUGCAUACCCCCCCCUUUUAGCAGUAACGUCAUCGUUGUUCCCGCUAUGUGCCGCGCUUUGUCCAUCUUCCACGAUGCCCGGCUGUUUAUUUAUUAGUCUAUUCUUGGGCUGCUGGUUCCCGCCUUUACUAACUCUGUCCGGGUCUUAGGUCACACAACGGUCUAUUGGCGCGACAACAAGCUAAUAAUAUUUGGUGGGGAAAAUGAGCAUCGCAUGUUUUUGUCGGAUGUGUACAUCUUUGACAUUCCUACCGCAACAUGGUCGCAACCGGUUCUUUCUGGACGCCCGCCCUGCGGUCGGUCUCGGCAUGCCGUUGUCCUCCACGACGAUAAGCUUUUCAUUCUCGGUGGCAUUCAUAACCGAUCGGCCAUACCUUCAGACUUUGAUCCGGAGGAGGAUAACGAGUACAAUCCACAGGAGGUUCUCGAUGAUAUUUGCUAUCUUGACCUGAAGACGAUGACGUGGAGCAGGAGUUGGACAUGGAUUGCCAGGUUUGAUCAUCAAGCUUGGAUUAGGGAUGGAAAAUUGUGGGUGUUUGGUGGUAUGGGGCAAGGAAUGGAUCGAACCGGGGAGUUGAUAUCUUUGGAUCUGAACCACCCGGCAUUUGCCAGGACAGAGAUCAAGCAGAUGGGGUACGUUACGAGACAGCCGGGGCUAGGGGGAGAUACUACGACUGCGACUGGAGGGCAGAGCCGAAUACUUCGCUCUCAUCGUCCUUACGGUCCGAAUUCUCCACGGUUGAUCGCGAGUUCACGACGGAACACACCACCGCCGAAAAAACAAGCAGUGCCCGCUGCUACUGCCUCUGUUUCAUUUCUCUGGGGUCGGGACAUACCCUCCGAGGCGCAUGGCACACAUUUUCACCACCUUUGUGGGCAUACAUUACUCGACUUUGUGACAUCUGCGAAUACAAUUCGGCCAUCUGAGACGGGCCUCUGCGCACUUAACCUGGAUGACAUGACAUGGAGGAAAAUUGCUGAUGGUAUUGAUAUCGUGGGAGGAGGGUUAUGGAGGUGGCAUUAUCUGGCGAUAUCUCCGGAUAGCACUAUGGCUUACCUGCUUGGAUGCCCUACCGACACUGAUGAGGAUGUAGGGGAAGGGGAGGAGUAUCUUUCGGAUGUGUUACCGAUUGAUUUGAGCCGAUUUGGCAUGAAUGUUGACCAGAGGGAGGGAGACAAUCCCAAAGCUGGGACACUGGGAAUGGAUCUGGCUAAUUUCUUUGACAAGUCCGAUUUUGGUUCGGACUUCGUGGUCCGAGCGAUAAAGGAUGAGGCCGCGGAGGGUGAUGAGUGGGAUAUGACUGGGGUAUGGGGGAGAAGCAUUAUGAACGGAUCGAACAAGAUGCACGAUAUUGGUGAAGGCCUUAACCGGCCUGAAGGGGGCCCCGGGGAUGAUGAUCUCCCUCCGGAAGAAGUUUUAGGGCCCCCUAUAAGGGUUCACAGACUCAUUCUGCUUUCGAGAUGGCCGCACUUUGCUACCUUAUACAGCGCUCGGAUGGUUGAGUUUCAUAAGAAUAGGAUGUACUUACCGGAACCAUACACCGUCGUCCGGGCGUUUUUGUAUUACUUAUAUACCGACUCUGUCGCGACAUCACCCUACUGCCCUAACCUUUCAACCGUGGCUGGUCUGCUCGUGAUGGCCAACUUGUACGACUUGAAGAGACUACGAGCGCUUGCUCUAAACAGACUAUUCUCGGAGCUCGACGUCGAGUCCGCCGCUGUAAUCUGGGAGCGUGCUGGCGUUGCUGGUGAGGAAGGCUUGCGAAAGAAAGCUGCCGGCUUUGUCUUGACUUACUGGGGUCGUAUAGUCCGAACAAUGGGGUUUAGACGGCUGAGCAGACGAAGCUUGAUGGAGCUCUGCGAGGAAGUCGAUGUGGAAGGGCGCAUCAUGGGUAGUGAGGAAUUGGGUGCUGUGGGAGCCGUCGAUGGCGGCAUUGUCGGGGUAUACCAAGGUGAUCUUGGGGGGUUUAUGACUGAAGAGGCGCGGAUGAGGGCGAAGAGGAGGCGGUACGUGGAUGAUGCAGAAGAGUUGGAGACUGGAGAGGCGGAGGAGGAUGAAGAGAUGAGU